AUGCCGAAUAAGGACAUUCACCCUUCGGAGUACACAAUGACGGAAACAACCACUGCUAAUCCCCCUCUGGAUAUGCUCAUCUCCACCUAUAUUUCACGCGGAUUUAGCCAAGAUUACCACAAUAUCCAUCUCAUUCAAAAUCACCUUAACUUCAUUGAUAGUACCUACAAUCUAACGCGGCUCAUUUCCUCCAAUCACAAAAAGACGGAAUCAUUGAGUCAUUCUGUUUACAUAAACUAG